AUGACCACGAAAUCACCAAAGACCCUCGUCGUCACACUCAAACUGUCACCAGACCACCUGAGCAAAUUCUCCCCCCAGCCUACAUCACCACCCAAGGAAGAGGCUAAGCCAUCUCCGCCAACACCUGCGCCGCAAAUCAACGAACCGACACCGGCUGCCACACCCGCCGACUCAACUCCAAACAUGAACGAAAGCACGCCUUCGUCGCUCGCUCCUCCUGCUGCUGCGAAGAGGAAGGGUCCAAAGCCUGGCAGCAAGCGGAAUGCCGCGCAAAUGGAAGCUGGCUCCUCGAAUGGCACGACAACCCCCAAGCAACCCAAGGCCAAGCCGGGGCCAAAGAGGAAGAAGAUGGGCGACAUGAUCAACGACCCCAAUUCCAAGGGCCCCUUCACAACACCCGCAGCCAUCAACAAGGCAGGCCCCAAGGCCAACCUGGGAGCCAUCAACGAGCGCCUGCGUGCCCUCGACAGGUCAGGGGCCAAGUGCCGUCGAUGGGAGAAGAAGGGAUUCCAGGUCCGCAGCUUCACCGGCGUCAUGUGGCAAGUGCCUACAUACCAGCCAGGCCGCAAAGGCGCCUUCCCCGACGACGUCAAGAGUGACAGCACUGGCACCAGCGACUCAAAGUUGAAGGACGAGAGCAGUGCAAUCAGCGACAAGAGCGGACUAAACGGCGACAGCACACCGGUACCGACACCUAUGGACGGCAUGGCAAGCUCUCCUGCUCCUAUACCCGCUUGA